UUACGGGGUGGUGGGGUGUCAUGGCCCCUACCGUGAUCCUUGUUUCUAUCUCUGCAGAAUGGACCAGGACAGUCAGAAUGGUCCUACAGAUCGGAAGUGGACUCUGAUGGAGACUCACACACUGCUGGAUCUUAUUCGAGACAUGGGGUUAAGAGCAGCGCUGACCCGUAAAGGACAUCAGAAUUGGGACAUAUUUAAGCGGCUCCACGUGCUCCUUGGCCGCUGCAGCGUGAGGGUCAGAACGGUGGAUAUAAAGGCUCACUGGCAGUUUCUAAAAGGGAGAUUUUGGCGUUUGAAGCACUUGGCUGACACUAGCCUCGUACCCUUGACUGGGCUCACUGCGGAUUUCCCUUUCUAUGAAGAGAUGGAGCAACUCUUAACCCAACGGGCUGGAGGAGUGGGCUGCAAGAGGGAGGCAGACAGCACAGGCCAAGAAGAGUCUACUCUACCACCCUCCAUGUCAGAUUCUGGAUUCCUCUCGAAUGAAGACGAUGAAAUUAUAUCUCAUGCCUUGAGCCAUCCAGAAGAAGAGAGAAGGCUGGAGUCCCUGGCUUUCCGUGGCCAGGGAGCAGCUCUAAGUAUGGUUCUACAAAAAGAGAUUGAGCCAGUGCCCCCCACUCAACAUGAACCCUACAGAGAGGAGUAUGUCUCAGGAACUUACAGACAUAAUAUGGAGGAAUGGGGUUCAUCUCUUGCAGAAUGCCCCCAGGAAGUGAUUACCCAUGAGACUGUGGAUGACCGGGGGCCACGUCUCCAGAAAGAUGUCCGCUUUGAAGGCGAGAUAAAGAACGAGUUCCCCAGAUGUCAACCAACUGUAUUAAUAGACGAUCUGUCAAAAGCUACGGCCCUGGGUGGGGAGCUGCGGAUGCUGCAUGAGGACAUGCGACUGCUUCAGACCGCAAUGCAGCAGUUGCAAGGAGUGAUGGAGAAGAUUGUUGUUGGUCUGAGCCGACUGGAGGAGCAGGUCUCUGUCCAGCUUGGUUACCUCUCCUCCCUCGCCGGCAACAUGACUGCACCGACAUGUUCUGCAGGCGAUGCUCCCAAGGAAACUCCACCUAGUACACAUGGCCAGCAGACUUCUAGAGCUCUUCGCAGGAGCCUUAGACGCAAGAAGCCAUACUUCUCUGACCUGGGGAAAUAGAUCUUUGUUUGGUGACUUUGUUUUGAGCAGGGUGUGCUGGAAGUUGUGUUGGCUGAGAAGCCUGUCGUUGAGCAGAUCUUGGUUUGGAUGGUUUGAUAAAUGAGGAGACUGGAGGCAAAGCCAGGCUUAUUUGAUCUCCUAUAACUGCGUUUCUUUAUGUAACGUUCCCUGAGCCCCGGCCGGGGUGGACUUUGUAAUAUAGUGUAUAUGAAACCUCUUUGCUCAGGCUGUUUAUCUUUAUUCUAUGAAAGUUUUGUUUACCUUUUUGUGAAUUAGAACCAUUAACCUCUUAAAGAAACAAUGGUGCGUUUUUUUUUUUUUUUUUUUUUUUAACAACUUGGUUGUAUAUAAGACUUAAAAGUUAAUAAAAUAUCUAUUUAGUAGCUAUACCCCAGUAAAAUUAUACAAGUAUUUUUCACUGUGGUUUUACUGAAGAUGGCUUGUAGAAGCUGCAGACUUCUUGUCCCACCCCUUCUAGCCCCGCCCAGAUGUUAUGUGGCUGUCCAGUCACAUGCUCCCAAUGCAGCUCAAUGAGGUCUUUGCAAGGCAGGUGCUCUGGGCAAUUGCUGCCUCUUGAGUUUAUCUCCACUGAGCUAAACAAACCAGGAAGUAACAGGACUGGUUAUGACUGACAGCUGUAUUAUGUUUAUUAAAGUACAAAUUUCUGCUGAAAUCUGUGUGGGGUUUUUAUUUUUUAAGUGGGGGACACUCUAAACAUAUUGGGUGAAGACCACUGCACCUCUUUCUAAUUAAAGAAUAUUCCACUUUUCAGAUCCAUUCUCUUAUAGAGGAAGCUUAGGCGUUUCCCAGUGGUCGCCAAUAACUGCUGCUACUACUGCUGCAGUAAAUAGGCGACAGAGCAUAGAAUAUCUGUAUCUUGAGAGACAUUGGUCUGAGCUGGAUUAACAUGGCCGUGAUCUCCACAUACAAUCCCUGUGUGUAACCUCAAGAUCUAUUCUAUGAGCAUAUGAAUAUCAAAUAUGCUGAUCCAGUGCCAGCAUCCAGACAGUCCUACACGUAGUCACCAGUGUUUGUGUGAGGACCAACUCAUCUGAAGUAAAGUAAGAAAUGGAUUGGUGAAGUACCACUGUCUAGUGAUGGAUAUAAGCGUCUCAUUAUGGUACUCCAUUAAUAAAAGGUCCAACUUUAUCUGACGGGAACCCCUGAGGAUGGCCAACGAAUCGAAGAUAAACCUUAAUUUAAGAGCAGCUGCCCAUAGGAUAUAUGUAAAAAUAGUGGUUUUGUCUGUUAUUUCUUUGGC